GAGCUACCUUUCACUCUGACAGCCACUGACGUUUUUCGCCGCUAGAAGAGACCCCGCUUCUCCGGUGCCUGCCUUCCCUUCCCCCUCCCAGCCCCGGCCCCGCCAGCCCCGCUACCUCCGCCAGCAUUGCCACCAUCAGCACCACCUCCACCACCACCACCACUACCACCACCACCGCCACCGCCACCGCCACCACCACCGCCGGCGGCAGCAGCAGCCAUUUCAUCUCCACAGAAACCAGACACAAAAACAUGGCAGAAAUGGAGAAAGAAGGGAGACCUCCGGAAAAUAAGAGGAGCAGGAAACCCGCUCACCCAGUGAAAAGGGAGAUCAAUGAGGAAAUGAAGAACUUUGCAGAAAACACCAUGAAUGAACUCCUUGGCUGGUAUGGCUAUGAUAAGGUUGAAUUGAAAGAUGGUGAAGAUAUUGAAUUCAGGAGCUACCCUACAGAUGGGGAGAGCCGGCAGCACAUUUCUGUUCUCAAAGAAAAUUCUUUGCCAAAACCAAAAUUACCUGAGGACAGUGUUAUUUCACCGUACAAUAUAAGCACAGGCUAUUCAGGGCUUGCCACAGGAAAUGGACUCAGUGACUCACCUGCAGGGUCAAAGGACCACGGCAAUGUACCCAUUAUUGUACCUUUAAUUCCACCACCUUUCAUAAAGCCACCAGCAGAAGAUGAUGUGUCAAAUGUACAAAUAAUGUGUGCCUGGUGCCAGAAAGUGGGAAUCAAGCGCUAUUCCCUGAGUAUGGGAAGUGAGGUGAAAAGCUUCUGCAGCGAGAAGUGCUUUGCGGCCUGCCGACGAGCCUACUUCAAGAGAAAUAAGGCUAGAGAUGAAGAUGGACAUGCUGAAAAUUUUCCCCAGCAGCACUAUGCUAAGGAAACUCCAAGGCUUGCCUUCAAGAAUAACUGCGAACUACUUGUAUGUGACUGGUGUAAGCACAUAAGACACACAAAAGAAUACCUGGAUUUUGGGGACGGGGAAAGAAGGCUUCAGUUCUGCAGUGCAAAAUGUCUCAAUCAAUACAAAAUGGACAUUUUCUACAAAGAGACCCAGGCCAAUCUUCCAGCUGGGCUGUGCAGUACAUUACACCCUCCCAUGGAAAAUAAAGCAGAAGGCACCGGAGUGCAGCUGCUCACUCCAGACUCUUGGAAUAUCCCGCUAACAGAUGCUCGGAGGAAGGCUCCCUCCCCGGUGGCUGCAGCUGGCCAAAGCCAGGGCCCUGGCCCGACCGCGUCCACCACCGUCUCUCCAUCUGACACUGCCAACUGCUCUGUCACUAAAAUCCCCACGCCAGUGCCCAAGUCCAUCCCCAUCAGCGAGACUCCAAACAUCCCUCCCGUCUCCGUGCAGCCACCUGCUAGCAUCGGGCCUCCCCUCGGCGUCCCGCCUCGCAGCCCUCCCAUGGUGAUGACCAACCGAGGCCCGGUACCACUGCCCAUCUUCAUGGAGCAGCAGAUCAUGCAGCAGAUCCGCCCGCCCUUCAUCCGCGGACCCCCGCAUCAUGCCUCCAACCCCAAUAGCCCCCUGUCCAACCCCAUGCUCCCAGGCAUUGGGCCCCCGCCCGGAGGUCCCAGGAACAUGGGCCCCACUUCCAGCCCCAUGCACAGGCCCAUGCUGUCGCCUCACAUCCACCCCCCGAGCACGCCCACCAUGCCCGGGAACCCUCCAGGCCUGCUGCCGCCGCCGCCCCCGGGCGCCCCCUUGCCGAGUCUUCCUUUCCCGCCGGUGAGCAUGAUGCCAAAUGGCCCGAUGCCGGUGCCCCAGAUGAUGAAUUUCGGGCUGCCGUCGCUCGCCCCGUUGGUGCCGCCUCCCACCCUGCUAGUGCCAUAUCCCGUAAUUGUGCCCCUGCCCGUGCCCAUCCCCAUCCCGAUUCCCAUUCCCCACGUCAACGAUUCCAAGCCCCCCAACGGAUUCUCCAGCAAUGGGGAGAACUUCAUUCCCAGCGCCCCCGGCGACUCCUCGGCGGCGGGAGGGAAGCCGGGCGGGCACUCCCUGUCCCCCCGGGACUCCAAGCAGGGUUCAUCCAAGUCCGCGGACUCGUCGCCCGGCUGCUCGGGCCAAACCCUGAGACUGGCGCCCGCGCCCGCGGAGCAUGGCAGGAGCGAGGUGGUGGACCUGACGCGGCGCCCCGGCAGCCCCACGGGUGCGGGCGGCCCGCUCGGCUUUCCCGGAGUGCUGCAGGGCCCGCAGGACGGCGUCAUCGACCUGACCGUGGGCCACCGGGCCCGGCUGCACAAUGUGAUCCACCGCGCGCUGCACGCGCACGUCAAGGCGGAGCGCGAGCCGGGCUCCACCGAGCGCAGGACCUGCGGCGGCUGCCGGGACGGUCACUGCAGCCCGCCCGCCGCCGGCGACCCAGGCCCGGGCGCCCCCGCGGGCCCCGAGGCCGCCGCAGCCUGCAACGUCAUCGUGAACGGCACGCGCGGCACCGCCGCCGAGGGCGCCAAGAGCUCGGAGCCGCCGCCGGAGCAGCCGCCGCCGCCGCCCCCGCCCGCGCCCCCCAAGAAGCUGCUGUCGCCGGAGGAGCCGGUGGUGAGCGAGCUGGAGUCGGUCAAGGAGAACAACUGUGCUUCCAACUGUCACCUGGACGGCGAGGCUGCCAAAAAGCUGAUGGGGGAGGAGGCCCUGGCGGCGGGAGACAAGUCGGACCCGAACCUUAAUAACCCCGCAGAUGAGGACCACGCGUACGCUCUGCGGAUGCUGCCCAAGACGGGCUGCGUGAUCCAGCCUGUGCCAAAACCCGCGGAGAAGACUGCCAUGGCUCCGUGCAUCAUCUCCUCGCCCAUGCUCAGCGCCGGGCCCGAGGACCUGGAGCCGCCGCUCAAAAGGAGGUGCCUCCGAAUUAGAAAUCAGAAUAAGUAAAAGGUUUGUAUGUCCACUUGGACUCUCCUCGGCACGUCAGUGCACCUGUUCUUACCUCUUUCAAGGGAGAGGCGAGAGGGAAUUGUAUUAAUAAUCACGAUUAUACCCGCUGCGUUUUGCGGUACGUGUUGUGUGGUCACAUACUAUCAUCUCUUGAUCCAACAUCUAUGAUACUGAACAAUUGUUAAGUAGCAUCAUUCCCACUUUACAGUUGAGAAAACUGAGUCACAGCGUGUAAGUGCUUUGCUCAAGGUCACUUACUUCCAGGUGUAAGCCAGGCCUUAAACCUGACUUGAAACACCAUCUCCUUAAUUUAGCUUAUUUUAUUGCUAUGCUCAUCUCUUUAAUUCGCCCUCUUGGGAAGAAGCAGGAUGUGGGGAGCAAGGAGAGAUUACUUGAGACACCUAUAUGUUCAGUCAGGAGGUUGCAGGGCUGUGUUGAAGGAUCCAGUUAACCCAUGAAUUGGGCCACUUCCUGGAACCAGUAACCUCACUAGCAGAAUGUCCCAACCCACCAAAUUUUCUCGAUG